ACGCGUCACCCCGCCCAGCCAGGACUCCCUAGCGCCGAGUCCCAGCCAAGGCCCGCGAGUCUGGGGCUCCCUUUCUCCUGUCCCGCCCCUAGUCCUUCCUCCAAAACCUUUGGCCAGAGUCUGCUUGCCAACAUUCCUAAAUCUCCUUUGCCAGCUCGUUGCACCAGGUUAGGAAUAAGGCUCUGCUUUCGGGUGCGUACAUAAACGCCAGUUCCCGUAAGACACCCGGACCUCCCCUGGGCGCCAGCUCCAGGGCUCCAACGGGUCCAGAGACAAGCCGGGUUUAUUUUUCCUUUCUGGAAAUUGGCUUUGGUGUGUGCUUCCCUCCCACGCACCUCCCCCCCCCCUUUUCCUCCCCCCUUUGAGACAUGGCUUGGGCAGUGGCUCCUGGAAGAGGAACAAGUGUGGGAAAAGAGAGAGGAAACCGAAGCUAAAUGACAGGAUGCAGGAGACUUGAGACACAAGAAGAGAAGCGUAGCUCUCGGAAGAAGUCACUGCCUCACUGCUUUUCUUUCUCCAAGAGGGACUGAGGAUUUUACAGCUCUGGGCGGAUUUGAGAGCUUUGGAUUGUUUAGAUUCCCCUUUUUGCUCUGUUUUCCCCGCCCGUCCUUGUUCUCUCGAACCUGCUUGGGGAUCCGUCGUAGGGAGAAUGGAGAGGAGGCUGCUGCUCUUCGGCGCCGCGCUCACCCUCGCCCUCGCCCAGGCCAGCGCUUUUCGCAACGAUAAAUGUGGCAAUACUAUAAAAAUUGAAAACCCCGGGUACCUUACAUCUCCUGGUUAUCCUCAUUCUUAUCAUCCAAGUGAAAAAUGUGAAUGGUUGAUUCAGGCUCCAGAACCAUACCAGAGAAUUAUGAUCAACUUCAACCCUCACUUUGAUUUGGAGGACCGAGACUGCAAGUAUGACUAUGUGGAAGUCAUUGAUGGAGAAAAAGAAAAUGGACGUUUAUGGGGAAAGUUCUGUGGAAAGAUUGCCCCUUCUCCUAUAGUGUCUUCAGGGCCAUUUCUUUUAAUCAAAUUUGUCUCUGACUAUGAGACACAUGGUGCAGGAUUUUCCAUACGUUAUGAAAUUUUCAAGAGAGGUCCUGAGUGUUCCCAGAACUACACAAGCCCUAGUGGAGUGAUAAAAUCCCCUGGAUUCCCUGAAAAAUAUCCCAACAGCCUUGAAUGCACUUAUAUUAUCUUCGCACCAAAGAUGUCAGAGAUUAUCCUGGAAUUUGAAAGCUUUGACCUAGAGCUUGACUCAAAUCCUCCUGGGGGCAUGUUCUGUCGCUAUGACCGGCUAGAAAUCUGGGAUGGAUUCCCUGAUGUUGGCCCUCACAUUGGACGUUACUGUGGACAGAAAACACCAGGUCGUGUUCGUUCCUCAUCUGGCAUUCUAUCGAUGGUUUUUUAUACUGACAGUGCGAUAGCAAAAGAAGGCUUCUCAGCAAACUACAGCGUCCUGCAGAGCAGCCUCUCUGAAGAUUUCAAAUGUAUGGAAGCUCUGGGCAUGGAAUCGGGAGAGAUUCAUUCUGACCAAAUCACAGCUUCUUCCCAGUAUAGCACCAACUGGUCUUCAGAACGCUCCCGCCUGAAUUACCCUGAGAAUGGAUGGACUCCUGGAGAAGAUUCCUACAGAGAGUGGAUACAGGUGGACUUGGGCCUUCUGCGCUUUGUCACUGCUGUUGGGACACAGGGAGCUAUUUCAAAGGAAACCAAGAAGAAAUACUACGUCAAGACUUACAGAAUAGACAUUAGCUCCAAUGGGGAAGACUGGAUCACCAUAAAAGAAGGAAACAAGCCUGUUAUCUUUCAGGGAAACACCAACCCCACAGAUGUUGUGUUUGGAGUUUUCCCCAAACCACUGAUAACUCGAUUUGUCCGGAUUAAACCUCUGACUUGGGAAAAUGGCAUAUCUAUGAGGUUUGAAGUAUACGGCUGCAAGAUAACAGAUUAUCCUUGUUCUGGAAUGUUGGGCAUGGUGUCUGGUCUUAUUUCUGACUCCCAGAUUACAGCCUCAAACCAAGGGGACAGGAACUGGAUGCCUGAAAACAUUCGCCUUGUGACUAGUCGCUCUGGCUGGGUACUGCCACCCGCACCUCAUCCAUACAUAAAUGAGUGGCUCCAAGUGGACUUAGGGGAGGAGAAGAUUGUGAGGGGCAUCAUCAUUCAGGGGGGAAAGCACCGGGAGAACAAAGUGUCCAUGAGGAAGUUCAAGAUUGGGUACAGCAACAAUGGCUCAGACUGGAAAAUGAUCAUGGAUGACAGCAAACGCAAGGCUAAGUCUUUUGAAGGCAACAGCAAUUAUGAUACGCCUGAGCUACGAACUUUUCAACCUCUUUCCACACGAUUCAUCAGGAUCUACCCUGAGAGAGCCACUCAUGGUGGACUAGGGCUAAGAAUGGAGCUACUGGGCUGUGAAGUGGAAGCACCUACAGCUGGACCAACCACUCCCAAUGGGAACCUGGUGGAUGAAUGUGAUGAUGACCAGGCCAACUGCCACAGUGGAACAGGUGAUGACUUCCAGCUCACAGGUGGUACCACUGUGCUGACCACAGAAAAGCCAACCAUAAUAGACAGCACCAUACAAUCAGAGUUUCCAACAUAUGGUUUUAACUGUGAAUUUGGCUGGGGUUCUCAUAAGACAUUCUGUCACUGGGAACAUGACAAUCACGUGCAACUCAAAUGGAGUGUGCUGACCAGCAAAACGGGACCGAUCCAGGAUCACACAGCAGGAGAUGGCAACUUCAUCUACUCCCAAGCUGACGAAAAUCAGAAAGGCAAAGUGGCUCGUCUGGUGAGCCCUGUGGUUUAUUCCCAGAACUCAGCCCACUGUAUGACCUUCUGGUAUCACAUGUCUGGUUCCCAUGUGGGCACACUAAGGGUCAAGCUGCGCUACCAGAAACCAGAAGAGUAUGACCAGCUGGUCUGGAGGGCCAUUGGACACCAAGGAGACCACUGGCAGGAAGGGCGGGUCCUGCUCCACAAGUCUCUGAAACUUUACCAGGUGAUUUUUGAGGGUGAAAUUGGCAAAGGAAACCUUGGUGGGAUUGCAGUGGAUGACAUUAGUAUUAAUAACCACAUUUCACAAGAGGAUUGUGCAAGACCAGCAGACCUGGAUACAAAGAACCCAGAAAAUAAAAUUGAUGAAACAGGGAGCACCCCAGGAUACGAGGGCCUGGGAGAAGGUGAUGAGAACAUCUCCAAGAAGCCAGGCAAUGUGCUGAAGACCUUGGACCCCAUCCUAAUCACCAUCAUAGCCAUGAGCGCCCUGGGUGUCCUCCUGGGUGCUGUCUGUGGGGUCGUGCUGUACUGUGCUUGUUGGCAUAAUGGGAUGUCAGAAAGAAACUUAUCUGCCCUGGAGAACUAUAACUUCGAACUUGUGGAUGGUGUGAAGUUGAAAAAAGACAAACUGAACACACAGAGUACUUAUUCAGAGGCAUGAAGGCAGACAGAUGAAAAGACAGUUGGAGAAUUGAGGUGAAGGACAUAACUUGAGUGUAUUGAUCUUUCACUGUACAGGCUGGGAAAUGCGUCGAUGACGCUGAGCCAGGCUUUUCUCAGGAGUUUCAAUGAGUAUGGCCGACAGACAUGAACAAGUUAGCUGUAUUAACAAUCGGAAUCAUGUACAGUCAGCUUUUUUCUGUUGGUUUAAUUUGAAUAAUCAAAUGCUGGUGUUGAGACCAAGUAUGAUUGACUUAAUGAUUCAUUUUGAUUCCCCUUCCCCCUCUUUCCUCUUCUUUUUAUGGAUACUUUUCUGAAACUGUGCAAAAUCCAAGAUACUGGUGCCAAGUGUAUUCCCUGGGGCCCUUUUGACGGACAUGCUACCUGUAGCCCAUGCCCACAGUAUAUUAGAAUAUCUGCAUUUCAGUGGACUCCUGAAGCUGUACCUGUGUAUAAUCGCCCACAUUGUGCAUAGGCAAAGAAGGAUUAGGGUUUUACUUUAAAGUACUGUAGCUUCAGUACCAGUAUAGUAUGUGAACUCUGUUUAUGAAGCAAUAUCGUCAAAUUUCCUUGAUGUUUCCAGUGUUGUACUAAACCUCGUGCUUGUGAACUCCAUACAGAAAACUGCCAUCACCAGACACUACUGGCAACUGGGCGUGCUGCUGACAGCCACAAGGGAAAUCCACGGCACUGGCUAGUCCAUGUCCUCUCAAGUGCCUUUUUGUUUGUACUGGUUCACAUUAUGUUCUAUUACGACCUGCUCUGUUCUUUGAUGGUGAAAGCCCAACUUGAAUCAAACCCUGGUGACCCACUGACUAAAAAGAAAGUAUAUUUUAGUGUAAGAUGUCAGCCCUUUUCCCCCAUUUCCACCCCCCAUCCCCUCCCCCGGAAAGCAAGGGCUGGGAAGAUUUGGCAACGUGGCUUAAUUCUUCUGUUUUUUCUGCAGUUCAAUUUUGUGUCUCUUGAUCCUUUUGUAUAAAGCUGCAAUAUUCUCUCCUAUCGUUCUUUCAUAUGGAAUGUAUUUUCAAAUGUAAACUCUUUCUCUCCUAUCUCUCUGUCUUUUCUCUCUUAAAUUUAAGCAUUUGCCAUUGUCCAGAAAAGAAACUUGCAGCUUUAACCUGCUGGUAAUGGCAAAGAAUUUUACUAGAAUUUAUGCUUAAAAAAUAAGUAAGUAAAUAAGUAAGUAAAUAAAUAAGGGAAAUUCCUAACUCUGUCCUCCAAAGUCUAACUUUGGUUUUCUUGUUAACUGGUUAAAGUGACAGUAUCUUUUUUCCUUAAGCCAUUUGUCUAUUCCAAUCAAAAUAAUCUUUGAUAGAAAUGUUUGCAUUUAAUAGAAAUAAUGAUGAAUUGAGAGAAGAAAUGAUAUUAAUUGGUUUUCAAGUGAGACCCAAAGGAAGGACUGGAUACAAUUCUUCAAAUAUCCAAAACCAUGAGGUUUUUACAUCCAAAUAUGCAAAACUGAUCCAUGAAAACCUUCCUUUUUGGGUAUUGGAUAAGACAAGGAAAGUGAAGAAAGAACAGUUAAUUUAAGAAAGCAUCUAGAAAUCCUGAUACCUGGUGGUGAAGUAUUUUCAGAUAAGAAGGGGGAUAAAAAAUGAAUAAAGUCAAAACAACUGUUUUUAAAAAUCCCUUCAGCAGUAACCCAGAGAAAACAGAGGCUUGAAUGAAUGCUUUAAAAACUUUCAAUUGCUCACAAAGAAAAAGCCUGCCUUGGGACUGGUAAGACCUAAGCUUCUAACAGCUCAAAGAAGCAAAUAUCUUAUCAAGCAGCAUAUGAAUUAAUCCAAAGAAGCUUUGGUUGUUUUCACUCUAUUUGUGGUCAUGGCUCAUUGUACAUAGAACUUUGAGACCUUCCUCCCUUUCUGCAUUGCUACAGGGCUCACUCAGAAAUAUUUGUGGGAAUCACAUUUGUAUCAUGGAGGAGACAGUCCAUUCAUCUUGGCUUAAUUGGAUUGAAAAUGCAUUUUGUUUCCAGGAAAGUAUUGAUCACUAUGAAAGAAGAAUAGAUUUUUGUCCCCAGAGGCAUUCAUUCAGUUGUUUUAAUCAUACCAGGACAAAAGCACUAAGACUUAAUUUUUUUUAAGGCAAUGAAUUUAAAGUUGUCCUCAGCCAAGGAAAAAUGAUACUGAGACUUUAAAUUUUAAAGUAUCUUGCACUGAUAAAUAUAUUUAAAAAAUAUAUGUUUAUAGAGUUAUUAAUUUGUAAAGUCAGUGUUACAAAAUGUCCAGUUUAUAUUGUUUUAGGUUGUUUCGUAAUUUUUAAAGGUGUAAAAUAACAUAUUUUUUCUUUAUUGAAAUCUAUAAAACCUCCUGUAGUAAAAUGUUUUCAUUUUACUGGUAUAUUACUGCUUCGUGUUUUGUACCAUCAUAAAAUUUUGUGCAAGUUUUUUUUACAGAAAUUUUUAUUUUCUAUGACAGUAUGACACUUGUAAAAAUUGUUGUUUCAAAAUGAACAGCGAAGCCUUAACUUUAACUGACAUUUGUAUUCUCAGACACUGAGUAGUAAAAAACUGCAUAGAACUGAAAUGUAACAAAUUCCAAACUAUGACUACUACAUUCCAAAGAAACAGUUGAAUUAAACAUUUUCAUAAAAUAUCUCAAA